GAACGAUUCCUCCUCUGUGUGUGUGUGUAAUUUAUGGUGUUUGCACACAACACCCCAUACGACUCCCAGCCACCAGACAUUAAUCAACCAAUCACUGCUCCUCUUCUUCUCAGUGCGUCUGGCCGCCCAUCUCUCUCUCUCUCUCUCUCUUUCUCUCACUUCCACGUCUCCUCUCGCUGCUUCACUGGUGUCGCACGUGUGCUUGCAGCACCUCUCAUCUGUUCACGUCGCACGAAUUGGGUUGCGGGAUGCCGCCGCGUCGAGCCAGGGCAUCGGCUGCAAAGCCGCAACAGCCCGAACCCAAGAGGGAGCCCAUCGCCCUCUACCCUCAAAUCGAGACAAAGGUGAACGAAGACUUGCCCACAGACAUCCCCGCCGAUGAGAUUCUCAACUACAAGAGACACUUUGAUCAGACUGUGAAGCAGCUUCCAUAUUAUCUCAAGGAAUCCGCAGAGCGCCACUGGGUGGUGCGGUACUCUGACAGCCUCGUGAGCCAAGCGUCUGCCAAGACCGGCAGCAGCUCCGACGUUGCAUGGGACCUUGGAUGGCCCAUGCCAACAGAGCUGAUGGCUCGGCCACCGAAACGAAAGAAGACAAAGACAUUUGGGGGAGACCUGCAAAGAUUAUCGCGAAACGGCGGGCCGGACGACGACGAGGAUGAAGACGAAGAUGAAGGGCAGCCGCGGCCCGAGGAGGAAUACGACGAAGAGCAAGAGGAAGAGGGUGGUGAUUACUUGGCGAGCUACUUUGAGGAUGACGACGACACAUAUGAACGUGCAGAAGGCGGCGAGGAGGAGGAAAACUUCUAACAUAACCCACAACGCCGCUGCUGCUGCUUCUGCUGUUGCCGCUCUCGUGUGAUGAUGACUCGCCCCUUUUAAACAAUACACAAGACUGCGUGA